GCGCAAACAUGCCGGUGCGGCGCGGUCAUGUGGCCCCGCAGAACACGUUUCUGGGGAUUAUCAUCCGCAAAUUCGAGGGUCAGAAUAAGAAGUUUGUGAUAGCGAACGCACGUGUGCAAAACUGUGCCAUCAUCUUCUGCAAUGAUGCAUUUUGCGAGAUGACCGGCUUCUCACGGCCGGAUAUCAUGCAGAAGCCAUGCACGUGCGACUUCCUCCACGGUCAGCUUACCAAGCGCCAUGCUGUGGCCCAGAUAGCCCAGGCCCUGCUGGGCUCGGAGGAGCGAAAGGUGGAGAUCACCUACCACCGCAAGGAUGGUUCUGAUUUCCUGUGUAACACCCACAUCAUCCCAGUGAAGAACGAGGAGGGUGUGGUCAUAAUGUUCAUACUGAGCUUCGACUACAUCCUGGAAGAGGGCAGCAUGGACUCACUAGAGCACCUCAACCACACGUCACCGUCCAAACCCCACCACAGAAAAGGCCGUUUUUUCCGUUUUCGCUUUCCUAUGCCAUUAAGCAUGCUGGGAGUGAGUAAGCAGUCUCUCCCUCAAGAAGACCCGGAUGAGGUGACCGUCCACUCACCCGAGCGGAUCGAGCCACGUUCCUCCUGUUCCUCCUCCCUCUCUCUUUCUCUCUCCCCACAUGAGCUCCGCCCCCCAACUGCUGACAGCUGCAGCGCCUCCUAUGCCAACGACACCAGGGCUCUGAUUGGCCAGAGCCUGCUGGGCUCAUCUUCACCUGUUUCGGGACCCCAGGACCACUCUUCUCCACGAGGGCCUUGGGAAAGGCCGGCCCCCCAUGGCUCUGUGGGCACCCGCUCCGCCUCUGGAGGGCAGUCCCGUGGGAGUGUGUGCACACUGCGCAGAGCGUCGUCCACCCACGACCUCGAGGGCUUCAGUGCACACGUGGAAAGGGCGUAUCGGGACCGGCACGCUAGCGAAGGGCCGUUUAACCAGAUCAAGUGCAGUCUUCUGGGCUCCACGUCUGACUCGAACCUCACAAAAUACAGCACCAUCAACAAGAUCCCUCUCAUCACGCUGAAUUUCUCCGAGACUAACAAUGAAAAACGCCCCCCAUCUCCCUCCUCCUCAGAGAAAACCAUCAUCGCACCAAAGGUCAAGGAUCGCACGCACAAUGUAACCGAGAAGGUCACACAGGUGUUGUCGCUAGGCGCUGAUGUGCUUCCAGAAUACAAGCUCCAGACGCCACGCAUCAACAAGUUCACUAUCCUGCACUACAGCCCCUUCAAGGCAGUGUGGGAUUGGCUGAUCCUGCUGCUGGUCAUCUACACAGCCAUCUUUACGCCCUACAGUGCCGCUUUUCUGCUCAACGACUUAGAGGAGCAGAAGAGGCGUGAGUGUGGCUACUCCUGCAGCCCACUUAAUGUGGUGGACCUGAUUGUGGACAUCAUGUUCAUCGUGGACAUCCUUAUCAACUUCCGCACGACAUAUGUCAACACCAACGAGGAGGUGGUCAGUCACCCAGCCAAAAUCGCAGUGCACUAUUUUAAAGGCUGGUUCCUCAUAGAUAUGGUGGCAGCCAUUCCCUUUGACCUUCUCAUAUUCGGAUCAGGGUCAGAGGAGACUACAACUCUAAUUGGUCUGCUGAAGACAGCUCGGCUUCUGCGAUUGGUUCGUGUGGCACGUAAACUGGACCGUUACUCGGAGUAUGGCGCUGCAGUUCUCAUGCUUCUUAUGUGUAUCUUUGCUCUGAUUGCUCAUUGGCUGGCCUGUAUAUGGUACGCCAUUGGCAAUGUAGAGAAGCCCUAUCUGGAGCACACCAUUGGCUGGCUGGACAACCUGGGCAUGUCCAUUGGGAAGCAGUACAACUACAGUGACCCCUCUUCGGGUCCGUCGAUCAAAGACAAGUAUGUCACUGCGCUCUAUUUUACAUUCAGCAGUCUGACGAGCGUGGGCUUCGGAAAUGUCUCCCCAAACACCAACUCGGAGAAGAUCUUUUCCAUCUGUGUCAUGCUUAUUGGAUCCCUGAUGUACGCCAGCAUCUUUGGAAACGUGUCAGCCAUCAUCCAGCGACUGUACUCAGGAACAGCACGCUACCACCUGCAGAUGCUCCGGGUUAAAGAGUUCAUCCGCUUCCACCAGAUCCCCAACCCACUCAGGCAGAGGCUGGAGGAGUAUUUCCAACAUGCAUGGACCUACACCAAUGGCAUCGACAUGAACAUGGUGCUGAAGGGUUUCCCGGAGUGUCUACAGGCUGAUAUCUGCCUGCAUCUCAAUCAGUCUUUGCUCCAGAGCUGCAAGGCCUUCAAGGGAGCCAGUAAAGGGUGUUUGCGAGCAUUGGCCAUGCGCUUUAAGACCACUCACGCCCCGCCGGGUGACACCUUGGUGCAUUGUGGGGAUGUGCUCACAGCUCUCUACUUCCUGGCCCGCGGAUCUAUAGAGAUCUUGAAGGAUGACAUAGUAGUAGCCAUUCUGGGCAAAAACGACAUCUUUGGUGAGAUGAUUCACCUCUACGCCAAGCCUGGAAAAGCCAACGCUGACGUGCGGGCACUCAGCUACUGCGAUCUCCACACUCUGGACAGAGAGGAGCUGCUGGAGGUGCUGGAGAUGUACCCGGAGUUUGCGGACUACUUCUGGUCCAACCUGGACCUCACAUUCAACCUGCGCGAUGAAAAUCCAAAGUUCACUACUGUUCGCCAGAGGAAUCUGUACACUGCAGUGAGUGACUCAGACCAGGAUGAACAGAACAGCAGGUCUCAAGCCUGCUUUAAGAGCCAGCCAUCUGCAGGCACCCCAAGCCGACAGAGAGAGGCAGAGAAAGAAAGAGGGAGAGAGAUAGAUGCGCACCCCCUCCAGCAUGAAGAGGAAGAGGGGGAGGAAGAGGAAGAGGAGAAGAGGAGAGACGAGAAAGAGGAGGAUGAAAAAGAAGAGAAGAGAAAGCUAGGCUUGGGGGUGCUGGGCCACUCCCUCCCUCUGAACCUGAACACCCUCACUGACUCGCACACUACGGACUGUGCUGGGAACACAGCGUUUUACAGUGAUGUGUGUGCUGAAGAAUGGCCUUGUGGGAACGCUGAUGACUCAGCACAAUCUCAGGACAAAGAGGGCGGAGCUGACUGCGAAAGUGACAUCACGUUUGGGGAAAUGGAGCAACGACUAGACUUGCUGCAGGAACACCUGAACAGACUGGAGGCUCAGAUGACGUCUGACAUCCAAGCUAUUCUGCAGCUGCUGCAAAGGCAGAGUGCACUGGGACCCCCGGCGUACAGUACGGUAGCCUCCAGCCCUGAAUACCACAAACCAGCCAUCAGAGUGCAGCCUGUUACUGCUAUACAGACACAGAGUCCUGAUAUAGAAAAGCCUGAUGACAAAUCCAAAGACUCCGCACUCACUGCUACCAUGGAGACAACCUCUGAUGGAAGCAGGAUGACCCCACUGGUGAGGGACUCGGAGUGGGAGGUGGAGAUUGGACUAAAGCAGAGGGAAAAGGAGCAGUCUGAUUCGCCACAUAGGAGGGCUCUCCAGCUGUCAGUCAGACAGGCUUCCCUCCCUGACUCAUCUCCUAGCAACGGCAGAACACUAGGGCUCCACAGGCCCUGCUCUGAUCCUGGACUUCCAGGGAAGUAGCAUUAGGUCAAUGGCCAUGAUUAUGAUGCAUUAUUACACAAAUAUUAAUGUAAUUAAGAUGGGCAUGUAUGUGAGCUCCUUGGAGGCACAACAGGCUAUAAGAAAGCCUGAGUUUGAAUCCUGAUAAUUCAAGUCCAAGAUCAUACAACCGGCCCUCCUGCUCUCAGAGCCCACAGCUGUCCUAUGACGCUAUUAAGAAGCACAUACUUAACACUGCUAGAUUCCUUGGUAGGACGUUUUAGACAAGUGGGAAUUUGCAACAAUUAACACUGGAUACAUACUUGGAUAGAAACAAAAGAAAGAAAAUAAAAUAAAAAAUAUGUGACCAUUUUAACAAUAUGGUCAUAUUUGUUUUUUACAUGUUAUAAUGCAUUAUAAACAUGGCAAGCAGAAAGCUAUUCCAGAAUCAUUCUUCUUUCUGACUGAACACUGGAAACCAGCUUAAGCCAGACUCAGGGUACAAGGGAGAUAAAGAGAAAGAGGGAAAAAAGAAAAACUGAAAUACUGUAUGCAAAGUACAAUGUAUUAUCUUCCAAACCUUUUUGACUUUCCCACUUCAGCGCACAGAUGUAAAAAGAAUACAGAAUGUAUUUCUCCAGUAUGACCACACAAGCUUCUGUACUAUGUAAAUAUCACUCAAGGAACACGGCCAGAAAACAGGCGCGCUGGACAUGCAACCGUAGCAACAGGAGAGAUGCAUGCUGGGAAGAAUGUGCUGUUUUUGUUGCAUGUUUAUAAAAAGACUGUUGUGCUGCUGAU